AGGAAUCUUUAACUAGGAGCUUCGUAGUCAAACUCUAGAUUCUUCUGCAUCUUCUUUUGGCUUCUGUAGUUUUGUUGCUAUGAAAUAUAGAAGUCAAUUUGUUCUCGAUCUUGAUAUUAUCUCUGUAGAUAAAGAACGUAGGCAUGCCCAUGAUUUAAAUUUGGGAAUUUAUGGUGAGAGAUUCUAUUUAUGUUUCCUAUGUACUCACAGGCCGAUGAUGAUAGGUCAAGGAUUGGGAAUAUAUGUGGUGGAGAGCAAAGGAGGAGCAAUAUUAUGUAUAUUGCUUUCUCUGCUCUGUUUAGGCACUUGGCCUGCUCUUAUGGCUCUUCUUGAACGGCGUGGUCGUCUCCCACAACAUACUUAUCUUGAUUAUUCCAUCACUAAUUUCUUGGCUGCAAUCUUUAUAGCCUUUGUGUUUGGUGGGAUAGGUGAAAGUACACACGAGGCACCAAGUUUUCUUGCUCAGCUCACUCAGAUUCAGGAUAAUUGGCCCUCUGUGUUGUUUGCUAUGGCCGGUGGGGUGGGUUUGAGUAUUGGGAAUCUUGCUACUCAGUAUGCUUUAGCUUUUGUUGGUCUGUCUGUUACAGAAGUGACAGCUGCGAGCAUCACUGUUGUUGUAGGCACCACUGUCAAUUACUUUUUGGAUAACAGAAUGAACCGAGCAGAUUUGCUUUUCUCUGGUGUCGGCUGCUUCUUGGUAGCUGUUUGUCUUGGUUCUGCUGUUCACUCUUCCAGUUCUGCUGAUACAGAGGAGAAACUCGGAAAAUUCACGAGGGACUGUGAAAUUGUGAAUCCGGAAGAGUGCCAGAGACUAUUUGGAGUAGAUGAAGAAGAAGAAAAAGACAUGGAGAAUGUUAAGGAAGGGACAGCAGCUUUUCUUAUAGCACUUGAAAACACAAGAGCAAUCAAAGUGUUUGGAAAGAGCAUGGUUGUUGGUCUGGGGAUAACCAUUUUUGCAGGUCUUUCUUUCUCAUUGUUCUCACCAUUAUUCAACCUUGCAACAAAUGAUCAAUGGCACACUCUAAAACAUGGCGUACCCAAGCUGAUUGUCUACACCGCGUUCUUCUACUUCUCACUAUCUUGCUUUGUGAUCGCCAUCGCUCUAAACAUUAGUUUCCUGUACAACCCUGUGCUCGGCUCACCAAGAUCUUCCUUUACGGAAUAUCUGAGUGACUGGAACGGAAGAGGUUUGGCUGUUAUGGCUGGAUUAAUUUGUGGGUUUGGUAACGGUCUUCAGUUCAUGGGUGGACAAGCUGCAGGAUAUGCAGCCUCAGAUGCUGUUCAGGCACUUCCUUUGGUGUCUACUUUUUGGGGGAUAUAUCUGUUUGGGGAGUAUAGGAGAUCAUCUCCGCGGACUUACGCUUUACUUGUUGGAAUGCUGGUGAUGUUCACUGUUGCUGUGGGACUUCUAAUGGCCUCGGCUGGGGAAAGAGAGACGCAGUUCACCUAAAGAGCUGAGCAAUAUGGACCAAAAUUAUACAAUGUGUGGCUCUUGCCUCUUGGAGAUGUUUGUAAAUUACAUUGUGGUUACUGGCAAAUGUAUAUAAUUGUUGUUAGAUAUUCGUCAACGUCCUUGUUUAUACAAGAAAAUUGAAUGAGUACAGAGAAUACAUUUGCAGAA